GGUCACAUGGCCGUGACGUCACCCAAGGUCCUUCAGCUUCCUGGGCUUCAGCAUCUCCUGUUCCUGUUGCAGAGCUGACAUUUGUUACUUUGUGUGCCGGAGGACCCUGGAAGACGAGGAAUCAUGUCUCGACAGACCAACAGAGGGACCGAGAGCAAGAAGAUGAACUCUGAGCUCUUCAAUUUGACCUAUGGAUCCCUGGUUGCACAGCUAUGCAAAGACUAUGAAAAUGACGAAGAUGUCAAUAAACAGCUAGAGAAAAUGGGCUACAACAUAGGUGUGAGGCUGAUUGAAGAUUUUUUGGCUCGGUCUAAUGUCGGAAGGUGCAAUGAUUUUCGAGAAACGGCUGAUGUUAUAGCGAAGGUGGCAUUUAAAAUGUACCUGGGAAUAACACCUACUAUAACAAACUGGAGCCCUGCUGGUGACGAAUUCUCCCUCAUCCUGGAAAACAAUCCCCUUGUGGACUUUGUUGAGCUGCCUGAUAAUCAUUCCAACCUUAUCUAUUCCAGUAUGCUGUGUGGGGUUCUGCGAGGAGCACUGGAAAUGGUACAAAUGGCAGUUGACGUUAAAUUUGCUCAGGACACGCUGAAAGGCGACAGUGUGACAGAAAUUCGAAUGAAGUUCAUUCGGAGGAUUGAGGACAACUUACCUGCAGGAGAGGAGUGACCAAGGGACCAAUGUCUUCAGUGACCUUUUGGCAGUCUGAACGAAAACGUUGUCUAUAGCCCAUUGGAGAGACUCCGUAGUGAAUUUCACAUGAAAGUCUUAGACAAAGUUACUUGAUUCCUUAAGGUUUUGCUUUCUGAUUCGUUUUCUUCUUUGUGAAAUUCUCCAGUGUUUUCUUUUACCCUGUUCAUGAGAACAUUCAUGUUAAAGGCCCACCGGUAUGUUUCUCCUACAGAUUGCUGCAGCAUGUUCUGUAGAGUUACUUACUAAAAUGUGUUAUUCUGUAUUAUGACCCUAUUAUUUUAGCAGACCGUACAUUUUUUUUUCUCACUCAGUAUAAUUAAUCAGAUCUGCAUCCUCUCUUCCACUCCAGUUGCUCUCAUGCAUCUGUGUAAUAUCGCUGAUUGUAGUCAGUAGUGCAAGACUGAGCCUGUGGCCACUUUGUGUCUGCGUGUACCUCAGGACCCAUCUGGAAGCUGAGAAAUUCUGGAACUGCUCCAGUACCAAUAAGUAGCUUAAACCUGACAGCCAUACCAUUGGCAUGGCACGUAGAAUUGGCUCAUAUUUUUAUUGUCCUCCAGACACAAUGAACGUGCUUAGAAAACGAUUCCUUACUUGUCUUCUUGACUUGAAACUCCCAGCUGGCGGAAGCUCAUUUGUAGAAUGGGGGCUGCUCAAAGAGAGAACACCAUCCAGUUCUGCUGCUGAUUUCUAGAAUGAAUGCAUUGUUAUGAUGUUAUACUUUUGUUGUUUUGUCAGCUUGACUUUUACAUACAAAACUGUGUGAUGUGUUUGGAAUAAAUCCAUUGAAGAUGGUGUUUGUAAUUA